AUGGCGGCGAAUUAUGUGAAUUACCACAUAGAACCCUUCGAUGGACGUGACUUUGAUACAUUCGAGUUGCAAUUGCAGUGCUUGAUUAGCUUGAAUAAUGUGCCGGAGGAUAAGAAAGUAGCUCUGCUGAUCACUAAAAUUACACCAAAAGUAUUGGAAACCCUUAAUCAUAUAUGUGCUCCUGCAAAACCAACAGAAAAGUCAUUUACUGAUCUCAUCAAGCUAUUAGAAGAUAGAUACAACAAAUCCACAUCUAUUCCUGUGGAUCGAGCAGAAUUUAGGAAAUGUAACCAGAAAGCAGAAGAAAGCAUAGAAGACUACAUUAUACGACUGAAGAAAGCAGCCAAAAAAUGUAAUUUUAAGGAUUUCAAGGACCAGGUCAAAGAAAAAUUAAUCGACGGAGUGUAUUCAUCUCUUGUUAAAUUUGAAUUACUUAAGAACGGCAACCAGACACUUGAUGAAUUAACCACUUUAGCAAGGACUGUAGAGGCGGCGUGGCUGCAGACUAAAAUGAAGAUGCCACUGGAGGAACCAGCCUCUAGUAUGUUUUUUGUCAAGCGGAAUACACAGAGUAAGCCAAAACAAAUUCCGAAUAAAGCCAACCGUGAGUCAACAGCAUCCGCUUCGAUUUACUACGCGCACUUCAACUCUUUUGUGGUUCACGUGCCGCAACCGCUGCAGGGGACCAUCGAGUGCGCCGACUUCUGGCCGUAG